AUGGCCCAUGCACAAGUUCUUCCGAUCCCUGUCUUGCUCCGAAUCUUCGACCUAUGCAUGAAAGCCCAGGAUCCGUUCCCGGCGCCGAAGGACGACGUUCUUCGCGUCAUAACUCACGCCUUUCCCGAGUGGCGACGCGUUGCUCUCGCUUGUCCUUCGCUUUGGACACAUAUACAGCUGCCACCAGUUCGUUUUCACCAUCCUAACAAUCUCGUCCAGCUUUUCCAACAAUCCGUCGAGCGUAGCUCCGGUCUUCCUGUAACAGUCGAGCUCUACGACGACGUUGGAGCUUUAUUACCCGGAGGAAGGACGGCGAAGAGUGUCGAGGACUUCUUGUACGGCGGCGGCGGCAUCUCAAUUAUCGACACCAUCCUCCAACCCAUCCGCAGGUGCCUUGUCUCCCUUACCUGCCUACUCUGCGGAUCCGACAUCAUCAAUUUCCUUCGCCUUCCUUCUGACACAUUUCCCGCUCUCGAGUGCGUCUCGAUCACAUUCAUCCACACGCUCGACACUCCGCGCUCGCCGUUUACACAGGACCUCCUCGAGUGCUUGAAUUUUACCGUGUUUGAAAGUCACGGCGCGCUCAAAGAAGCCAAGUUCGACAUCCUCAACGGCAUAAGUCCCCUCGACCUCAAGCUACCAUGGGCGCAGCUGACGAAGCUCGAUAUGAAUCGGAACCCAAUCUCCCCACUUCUCUUCCUUCGCCUUAUGCGCAGAGCGUCUUCCUCCCUCGUCGAAGGUUCUUUCCAUGUUGAGUUUCCACGCAUCUCGCAACGACCUUUCUACCCUCGAUACUUCGACGUGCUCAUGCCCCGCCUUACCACCCUCCACCUUAAGCUCGUCAAUCCCAGUCUCGACACUUCUUUCUUCUUCUACAUCCGCCUACCCCGCCUCCAAGCUCUCCGUAUAGAGCAGUACGACGAUUACGCCGCGUGGGAGUUGUCGAUGUUCGACCCCUUCUUGAUGCACUUCAGAAAUACCCUCCGCAUCCUCGAGUUGGCCGACUUCUCUCCCAGCGCUACAGACUAUGCUCCGCCCGUCCGCAAGCGCACUCGGGCCUUACACCAAGAAUUGGAGUCUGUCUUCGCCAUCCUUUGGCGCCUGGAGGACCUCCGCCUUCCUUCCUCCAUCCAAGUCCAUGCCAUGACCAUUGAGAAGCUCGCGGACGGCCGGCUCCUACCUUCAUUAACCGAACUGGAGCUCUUCGCCGUCAAUGCCGAGCAGAUUCUCUGGAUGAAGCAGCGGCGUAAGUUCCUCUCGAGGUGCUACCAGCUUCAGCCUGGAUCGUCCCGUAUGGCAAACGAGAUAGGUUCGCGGAUCUCUGUCAAGGAAUUUAGGCAUAUGCGGGUGUGGGUCAAGGAGCAUGAGGUCGAGCGGAUGAGGGAGGCGGCUGAGGCGUUGGGAUUGGGCCGGACGCUCUCGAUUGCCGGCUUUCGUCUGUAA